AUGGCAGAUCAGGAUAGGUCUGGCUCACCCCCGCCAGGAAAAGACUUGCAGGCUUCUGGAAUUACUGCUCACACUCAGGUUUCUGAUAGGCUUGUUGCUCACUACCUGAAUCAACGAGGAUUUCGUCAGGCGGAGGCAAGUCUUCGAUCUGAAGCAAAAAUUAAAGGUGUACAGGAUUUGCCAACAGAUGUCAAAGUAGACGAGGUUUCUAUUCCAAAUUUCAUUCUGUUUUACAACGAAGCAGAAGCAAACAAUCCACUUGCAUAUGAGCAGAGCUAUACUCGGCUACGUAAAUGGAUCGACGAUUCUAUUGAUGUUUACAAGCUUGAACUUCGAGUAAUUCUUUUCCCCAUUUUUGUCCAUGCAUAUCUGGAUCUAGUUGAAAAAGACUUGCCAGAUCAAGCAAAGCACUUUUUCGAAACAUGUCGAAUUGAUCAUUUGGAAAAUCACAGUCCAGAUAUUUUGCGCCUUGGCGGUAUUCAAGAUGCACAGCAUAUUUCUGAAAGCGACUUUGUUCAAAACUUUCGUCAAAACAAGUAUGGCGUAAAGAUGAGCAAAUAUGCGUUUGAGCUUUUGCUAUGUUUUCUUCAAGAUAACAAGUUCAUGUUGCUUCUGCGUAUAACGAAUCAGUAUGUAUCGAUUCAAGCUGUAUCGGACAAGUCUGUCCAUAAUGUGGACGAUAUUGAUCCAGAUGAUGGCGCAGGACUUAUUGGACAGUAUAUAUCUCAGCUUCAAAGCUUUAAUCGCGAACCAUUAUUACUGGGCCGACUCCCGCCUGAUGUUCAGUUUUUGGGCGACGUUGAAAAAGCAAUUGCAUUACAGCGGGUUGAGGAUACCGAUGAACUGAAACAGCAGAUUGAUGCUACAUUGAAGGCCACAACUGAGCCGGAUGCACCUUCUCGAGAAAAUGUCCCACUUCCUCCUAGGCGUCGAUUUGAAAUUCAAGAGGAAAUGGAUGCACUUCGAGAUAUUUGCAAGCAGGUCAGAUGCAGUCCUAGUGCGCUGCCUUCCAUAUGUUGUUACACAUUUCACAAUGGAUACGGCGGCAUCAAUACACUACGCGCAUCUCCAUCAGCAGAGUUUCUAGCGGCAGGAUUCAACGAUUCGUUUAUUAAACUAUGGUCUCCGAAGGAGGAAGAGCAAUCUCGUCGUCGCCAUGCCAAUCGAAAUUCUAAAGCUGGCACAGAUCCCAUUCGUCCAUCAACAAAUCUAAUUGGACACUCUGGUCCUGUCUUUGGUUUGGAUUUUAACAGAAGUAGCCAAUUUUUACUUUCUUCAUCUGAAGACAAGACAAUUCGACUCUGGAGUACUCACACCAAGACAAAUCUUGUCGUAUUCAAGGGUCAUAAUUAUCCAGUUUUUGAUGUUUGCUUUGGACCUUACGAUGUAUAUUUUGCAAGUGCCUCACAUGAUCGCACUGCUCGGCUAUGGAGCUGUGAUCACUUGUUUCCUUUACGUGUAUUUGUUGGCCACCUUUCAGAUGUUGAUACUGUGAGAUUUCAUCCCAAUUCGAAUUACCUUUUGACUGGAUCGGCUGAUCGAACGUGUCGACUAUGGGAUGUCCAAAAAGGUUCUUGUGUGCGAAUUUUUUCAAAACAUCAAGGAGCAGUUUCAGCUGUUGCCAUCUCACCUGAUGGGCGUACUAUGGCUUCUGGAGGCGAUGACAAGACGAUUCGACUUUGGGAUUUAGGAUCGGGUCGACGCAUUAAAAGUAUGCAUGGCCAUAAUAGUUUUAUUAGCUCGUUGGAAUUCAGCCAAGAUGGCAGUCUUCUUGCAUCUGGGGGUAUAGACGAUUCUGUACGACUUUGGGAUGUAAAACGUGCUGACACACACGAAAUUAAAAUGGACUCUCAGAUUAGUGAUCAACCAUCAGAUGGUGCAAGAUCCGACCAUAUUGCUGCAUAUCCCACAAAGCGAACGCCCGUUUAUUCUGUCCAGUUUACAAAACGAAACGUAUUAAUGGCUUUGGGGGUAUUCAACUCACAAUUAUAAAGAAUCCAAAUUUUGCCAGAUUGGUUUAAAUUUUGAAUAAACUAUUGGUGUAUUUG